AUGGCUAAGGUUACAGAAGCGAUUUCUGGUGAUUCUUGGGCUCUGCCUAGAGGUCGCCAUCGGAUCAUUCAGCUCAUCAAGGCUUGUUUGCCGGCUAAGCCUCCGGUGCUAUCACCUUUAAUCCCGGAUUUAUUUCUUUGGAAAAACAAUCCUGACUCUGAGCCUGGUCAGUUUAAAGCUUCACGCACCUGGGAGACUUUGGUUCCUGCUCCACCACCUGUCUUGUGGCACAAGACCAUCUGGUUCAAGGUUCGAAUUCCCAAGCAUUCCUUUCUAGCAUGGGUUGCAAUUCUGAACAGGCUCCCGACAAGGGAUAGGCUUUGCCAAUGGAGUCCUGAGACAUCACCGACAUGUCUUCUUUGUGACUCCUCAGAUGAGAACCGUGAUCACCUGUUUCUUGGUUGCCCUUAUUCUCAAGAUGUUUGGAAUCAUUUUUUCAGACACUCUAAUUUCAAUCUGCCUGCGGAUUUUGAGGCUAUCUUUCAGUGGCUUCCUUCAUCAUCUACAAAUCUCAAAGUUAGAACCAUAUGCAAUCUGCUUGUCCAAGCUAUUGUGUAUGCGUUAUGGAAAGAGAAAAAUUUAAGAUUGUAUACUUCUUCUAGUCGCCACUCUUUGCUUCUGGUCAAAGAGGUUAAAGUGAUCCUCAAAGCUAAGCUGGUUGGUCUAGGCCGUUCUCCACCUGGGCACAGCUUGCAACAGUCUACUUCCUCUUCAAAGUCUACAUCCUCUUCAAAGACCUAUUUACAUGAGUGGUUUCACCACUUCGAUGUCUAA